AUGGAGCGAGACCAGAGCAAAAUCAGAGCGAGCAAGAUGAGCGCGAGAUUAGAGCUAGUGAGACAAGAGCGUGAGACCAAAACGCGAGACCAGAGCGAACAAGAUCAGAGUGAGCUAGGUUUUCGUUUGUUACUCAGCGCUAGGGCCCUGCCUUGGCAACAGGCCCUCACAAAGCCCAAAUCUGCCUAUAGCGCUACAAAAGCAGCCCGGGCAAGCCCACGAGCAAUUCUUGACUGGGCUCAAGUCCAAAGGCGCUGA